AUGUACAAUAAAUUAUCCAAAAUAGCACCAAUAGCAAUUAGCCAUCAAGAGUUACUAAAACAAUUAGCAUUAACACUACCAGACUGGCAACUAUCAUCUACUGGAAAGUCCAUAAUAAAGAAUUACACUCUACCAAAUUAUGAAAAUACAUGGGCAUUUUUACAACAAGUUGCCAUGAGAUCGCAUUUAUGGGGCCAUCAUCCAAGUAUAACGACUGUUUAUAAUAAAGUUAAAAUAGAAUUAACCACUCAUGAUGUAAACGGAGUAAGCGAUAUUGAUAUUAAAUUGGGCACUAAAAUAGAUAAAUAUGCAUCUUACUUUAUUAAUCAAAAGUAA